AUGAGGUCUUUUCAGCCCUACCGACACCACAACCACCACCAUAACUACCACCAGUAUUAUAGUCCUCCACCCUAUACACCACCCCGCUACCACCAUCCACCGCCAUUUCGCUCUCAUCAACCCCCAACAUUACCCCCAAAACCACAAAAUUACCACCGUCAAUUACCAAAUUACCGCAAUGUCUUAAUUUCUACCUCACCCUUUGAUCAUCAGUCCACGUCAUCACCACCAGGUGAACUCCGAGUUUACUCACCUUCGUCGCCUUUUUACUCACCGGUAUCACCCAAUUACUGCGGCGCGUAUUAUUACCCUCAUUGCACCACCACUUCUUCACCUGAUGAUCAUAAUCCAGCUUCUUAUUCGUCUUGGUCUCCCAAGUACUCUUUACCAUCUCCUGUCUUCAUACCACCGCCACCGCCACCGCCACCGGCGUCUCCUGUAGAAGAUAUACGUAAUACGUAG